GGGCCAAACAUGCUGUAUUAAUGAAAAUAUGUGUUUAAUAGGUAAGACGUAUGUAGCUGGUAGUAAUAACAGGGUUCUUGUAUAGGAUUCACACUACUUGUAUAUUGUGUGAUGCAGAAUUACUAGAUCACACUCUGUGGUGCUCUUGUUUCUCUGUUGGCCACAGGAUCCAUCAGCUAAGAUUGGUCAGGGCUGCAGGAUCGGUCCCAGUGUCGUCAUUGGACCCAACGUCAUCAUUGAAGAUGGUGAGGAUGGAGAGUGUGUCAGUACUGGGUGAAGAUGUCAUCAUUCAGGAUGAACUGUAUGUCAAUGGAGCUCGCAUCUUGCCUCACAAGAACAUCACUGUCUCCAGCCCUGACCCUCAAAUUAUCAUGUAGAUUAUAUUUUUUCAAGAUAUAGUACAAAUUCAAUGAUUGUUGUGCUAUGCAUCACUGAAUAACAUGGCUGGCUGGCCACACAUACAGCUGGGUCCCUUUUGAUCCUGCAGUCAAUGUUAACUCAGAGGA